AUGAGCGGGCAGAGCGGAGUGCUGACGGAGUAUGUGGGAUCUGGGGGAAAAACAUUUGUUCUGUGUUUCUCUAGGCUGCUGCAGGAGGAACUGGAGGCAGAUGUUUCCCUCUAUGCGGGUUCAGGAUCGGUCCGAGCUCACAGGGCCGUGCUGCUGGCCAGAGCUCCGCAUAUCCUCCAAGGACAGACCAAUAAAGAUCCAAUUAUCAUCCAUCUACCAGGUUACGAUCUGCCUGCUCUGAAGGAUUUCCUCAGGCAGGUGUACACAGCAGAGCAGAGCAUGCGGACGGCUGAACCUGAAGCGGAUUCCCCUCCUUACUGUCCCACUGACUCAGCGGCUGCGCUUCUGGAACCGGCCUCAGAUGUCGGCGCCGACCUGCUGCAUCUCUACCGAAGCAGAGAACAGUGUGACAUCACCAUCCAGGUGGCUGAGCAGAUCUUCUCCUGCCACAGGGCGAUCCUGUGCGCUCGAUCCCAGUACUUCCGCGCUAUGCUCAGUGGGAGCUGGAUGGAGAGCUCCAGACAGUGCAUCACUCUGCACGGCUUGGGACCAGAUGAGAUGGAGAUCUUGCUUCAGUUUAUGUACGGAGCUAUUAUGGAUUUGCCCAGAGGAGCCAAUGCCAGUCAGGUGGUUUUGGCUGCAGACAUGCUGGGUUUGGAGGGGCUCAAAGACUUGGUGGAGAUGAUUCUGACCAGAGACUACUGCCGCUUCUUCCCCAAGCAGCCAGUUGACGGAGUUCAGAGAACAAUUCUUGAGUGCCUGUCCCUCACACACGCCUUAGGUCUCCAAAACCUUCACAUGCUCUGUAAAAGGUGGGUAGCGGAGCAUUUUGUGAAAGCCUGGUGUGAGAGGAACUUCUCCCUCCUGUCCCCCGAGCUCCAGCGCACCUGCAUAGCCGCCGUAACAGAAACCAUGACUGUGCGGAACGCUGUGACGUUGCUGUGCGGCAUCGAGCAGCUGAUCGGCAGCCUCCCAGAGGUGAAGUGGGCUCAGCAUGUGAGGUGCAUGGCCAUAGAACUUCAGGAAGAGAGCCUGCGCUUCAUCGUCCAGCACCUCCCCAGGGUCAUCCACACUCAGGCCUUCCAGGACCUCCGCAGGAGGGAGGAGUUUACUAGAGAGCCGACGCUGUUGAAGAAGCUCUGCUUGGCUGUGAGAGAGGGUGUGACUGUGGAUAACUGCUGUGAUCUUUUCACUGCUGUCCACUCUCUUUGUGAAGAUAACUUUGAGGGGGAUUUUCACCAGGGAUAUCAAAAGCACGAGGAGCCGUUCAGGCAGGAGAUCUGCACGCUACGCGGACGCCUCUGGACCUUCCUGCUUCAAACCUCUUAUGCGGUUCGCCACACGCAGGGAUGGGAGGCACUGUCACCCAAACACAAAGAGAGGAUACUAGCAGAAGCUAUUGAUAAAGGAGACAAUCGGAGGCUUGGUAAAAAGCCAGUAUUCACCAGCUCACAGUCAAAGGCUGUAAAAUGCCCCACAACUCAGCCUGAGGGUUCUCCGGUUCACAGGACAAACAGCGCAGCAUCAGCCAUGAAAUCCGAUGGUCUGAGUGCAGCUAACAAACCAGGAGAAAGCCAGAACUCCAAAGCCAAGAACGGAAAGAAACCCGGAGACAGGAGCGUGGCAACAAAAGCAAAGGCGACAUCAGCCGGCAGACCGGUCGUCAACGGCAACGCAGCUGCUGGGGCAAAGCGAGAGGUGGCCUCUGCAAAUGGCCCCAGAAGCUCCUAUGGGUCAAAAGAGCAGGAAAAGAAGCCAAACCCAGGUGCUAGGCCUAAAACUGCUCCACUUAGCUGCACAGGAGUAACAAAGGCACAGAGGAGCUCUGCAGGGAAGACUGACCGGUCUGCCCAGGCACAUCCCACAUCUGCCACUACCUCGCCAGAAAACUGUGCCAGCAAUGUGCAGGACGACAGCCACUCCAUCCCAGGUGCAAAGCCCAAACAGGCCAAAGCAGUCAGCAGGUCCCCACUGACCAAACCUCCUCAGAGAUCUGAGACAGCCAAGACCAGCAGCCCAAUCAAUAAAUUAAGCUCAAAAGAUGCACCUAAAACAAAGAGGGGUCCAGCAGAAAAGUCUGCUGCAGCAGCAAAACCAGACACCAAGGGACGAGGCGCAUCGGACGUAUCUAAGCCUGGAAGCCUGACAAAAAAACAAGCCUCCCCCAGGAAAGAAGAGGCGCUCAGAACUACAGGCGCCAAUAAAACCACCGGUGAUGCUAAAAAGAAGAAACCGAUUUCGGCGAACGGCGUCUCGGCUAAAUCUCAGGCCAGAACAGCCAAAGUCUCCUCAGCUGCCAAGUCUGGAUCAAAGCUGAGAAGCUCCACUGAACCGUCGGCUGAAAAAGCUUCACCAAAAGCCUCCAGAACGUCAGAGCGUAAACUAACGGAAGCAGUGAACGGUAAAAAAUCCGGGCUGAGUCAACCUGCUGGCCGUAGAGGCGAUAGCUCGCAGAACGAGCUGCAGAAGACUGAAGCCGGUCUCCAGGACGAUGCCAGCGUCACACCGACGCCCAACAACGUCCACCACGUCCACUUUGCUGAAGUGGACGAUUGCGAGCAAAUGGAGAAAAGCAAAAUGAAGCCUUUUCUAGGCGGAGAAAUCGCUGCUAACAUAAACGGAGGAGAACACGACAUCAGGCCGCAGAGUUCCCCUAAAGAUGGCGAGCGCCUUGCCGGUACCCCGAGCAGCAUGGGGGGUACGGACACCCCCGUAGAGGACUCCUGGAGCGGAAUCCAUCAUCAGAUCAGCCCAGAGUCUGAGAGCACGCACACCACUUCCUCCGAUGACAUCAAGCCCCGCUCUGAGGACUACGACGCCGGAGGAUCGCAAGACGACGACUGCUCCAACGACAGAGGGGUGUCCAAGUGCGGCACCAUGCGCUGCCCCGACUUCCUGGGUCGCAGCAGUAGCGACACCAGCACCCCGGAGGAGCUGAAGAUGUAUGAAGGCGGGGCCGGGCUGAGGGUGGAGGUCCGUUUGCGCGGAAGAGAGACAGAGACCACCAGCGAGGAGGAGGGGCUUAGACAGCGUCCGCGCUCCUGGCUGCAAAGAGACGAGGUUCCAGAGGAGGAGAAGCGCGUUGAUGUCGGGAAUGAGAACGUUAGAAGCAUGCCGUGCUCAUCUGAUGAAGAGGAGGAUGAGGAUGAAGAGGAAACGGAAGAUGAGCAGUCAGAAGUUGAAGUGAUUCCAAGUGGCGGUCUACGGCCAGCGACGGAUCCGUCUCCGCACUUCCAGGGCAUUGUGAACCUGGCUUUCGAUGACGACUGUCCGGACCAGGACAACGAGCCGCCCGACUUCCAGGCUGGCGCCAACUUCCGCCACUCAGUGCUGCUCUCCGUGGACGAGUGUGAGGAGCUGGGCUCGGAGGAAGGAGGUGUCCAGACGCCGCCUCAGCAAAAGGACGAAGCUCUGACCCCCUGUGACGUUUUCGAGUGCGACUCCUCCGCACGCCCUGCGAGCGAGGCCAAGACCGCCCCGAAGCUAAACCGAGACGACGAAGACAAGCCUGUAUUCAUCACCGAGAUCCAGGAGCCGACCCAUGAAGAGAGCAAUCACAUCCUCCCGGAUAAACCUCUGGACUCAGACAGCAGAGAGCCGGCUCCUCAGGAGCGGCCAUGCCACCUGGACCUGCGCCACACCGAACACUACAACGGAGGGAUCAACAAGGGCGCGGCCAAUCCCUCAGAGAGCAAGAAAGCUGAUUUACAUCUAGACUUAAAUGAACCUCAGCUGACAGGGGGCGCUGCUGUGCAAGCUGCACAAUCUCCAGCAGGGGACAAUGGUCUUGACAGACUGGAUCAAAGCUGCAAACAUGACCAGCGACCAUCCAAAGUCCUCUCUCCCAUUUAUGAGAUGGAUGUGGGAGAAGCGUUUGAGCGCUGCUCGGAUAAAGACAGGGAUGUUAAACGUCAAACGGACGAGGAGAAAGGCGGCGACUUUGCCGAGCGGGACUGGGGGUUACUCAGGCAGCUCCUGUCGGAGCACGAGUCCAACCUGGGCGUUAUAAACCCGGUGCCCGAGGAGCUCAACCUGGCUCAGUACCUCAUCAAGCAGACUUUGUCCUUGUCACGGGACUCCCUGGAUACGCAGGCUUUUCUGUCGCCAGAGAAGGAGAGUUUCAAACGGUGGGCGGAGCUUAUCUCCCCUUUGGAGGACUCCUCCACCAGCAUCACGGUGACCAGCUUCUCUCCAGAAGAUGCUGCUUCCCCACAGGGAGAGUGGACCAUCGUGGAGCUGGAGACGCAUCACUGACACACUGGACAGCCAGCUGACCCCCCCUCCCCCUGCUGGUUUAAACUCACAUGUUUACUGUGUCUUUAUUUAUUUGAUUUGUGACGCCAUGUCCUGACAUCAUUUCCUGGACUCUCUGGACUUUACUGCACUUUCAUUCACAUUCCUUUAAAAGACUUUUUGCUGACACAAGCGGGCCGGUAUGCAUGCAGAUAUUUUUGUAUAUUGGACUAUUUAUUUGUCGCAUCUUUGGAAAAACUAAAAGACAAAGACUGAAGACAGAAAUAGUGUCUUUUAUUUAAGGCAUUUUCUUUCUUUAUAGUCUUAUAUGGUUUAUUGAUGUUUCUUAAAGAAAAAUACUAUUAGCCUUUUGGCUUCUGUUAAGUGUAAAAUAAAGGUUUGUGUUUCUGGAACAAAA